UUUGCUUCACGUUCUCUCCUCUGCACAGGCGGUAGAGCUGAUAGCAGCUGCUCGUUCGGAAUCGGAACAAUUCAAGGAAGUAUCUCGGAGCCUUGCGGUGGAUUAAUACAUUCCGCGAGGCCGUCUGCGUAUCGCUUUUUGUUGUGUUUCACCGCAGGACAAGAAUUCGUGAUCCGCCAGUGAUGUCGGAGGUCGACUUUUAGUGUGCAGCCUGGCAGGAAUUAUAUGGUUCUGUUUGAUCCUUUGAAGGUUUUUCGACUAACCCUAACGUCGUGAAGAUUCUCUGGACGCCGUGUGUGAAGCAGGACCCAUUCUUUUCUUUUUUCUCCAGAAAUUGUUUUUCGUUUGCCCGUACUGGACUUGCAACGAGAGGAGGCGACGCGUCGAAACGUCAUGACCUCGGGAGGAGGGUUCGCCUUCGUUCGUCUAUACUUCUAAUAUGAGAGCAUUCUACAGUGUCUUCUACACCUUAAACUCACAAGUUCCUUAACUAAAAUCGCGGAGAAAUGGCAGAUUCGUCGCGGGUCCAGUGUUUUCGUUGCGGUGGCUUAGGUCACUUCUCCCGAAACUGCGUUUGGCCCGGAUUUGGCGGCAGGGGGGGUCCUGGCGGCGGCAUACCCCGCAGUCUCCCCCCGUCCGCUCAUGCCGCCGCGGCGGGCGACCGCAACGCGCGCGCCCUCUGCGCCGCGUGCGGUCACUUCGGGCACACGGAGGCCAAGUGCGGACGCGACCUCCCCAUGGGUCCUCCCCCGCCCCACGCCAUGGGCCCCCACUUCCCCCACCCCGACCUCCACCGCCCCUUCGACCCGCAGCCGCCGCUGGGGCGAUUCCCUGGCGGAGCCAUGCCACGUUGGCCGCGAAUCCCGGGAAUUGACGAGGAUCCACGUAGGCUGUACCCUAGGGGCCCUGCUGGUUGGCGCGGGCCUCCGCCUAGGGAUGACACGUGGCGACCCGCGCGACGGGAUAUACCCGGGAGGGGAGACUAUGGUGGAGAUGCGGGGGAGAGGGAUGACAGGCGGGGGCCAGGCUGGUUGGAUGAGGCGGAGAGGGGGUUUCCUAGGUCAAGAAUGGAGGCGGGGGAGAUUCGCGAGGAAGAGGUGGGGGAGCGAGCAGGGAGAGGGGGCGACGAGCGGUGCAAUGGCGGGCAGUUUCCGCCCCGCGGGGGUAGGCUUGCGGGGAUUCCGCCAGGGCCCUUGCCUGGGGCGGAUGGGGGCAGCGGCGGAUUCAGGCAGCCGCGCAGCAGAGGGCGCGGGGACGGGGAUGGCGGAGGCAUGGCGGAAUUCCCAGGCUUGUACGAUCUGAGGCUGGAGCAUGGGCGCGGGGGAGGGUUUCUGCACCCUGGGGGGCUGGCGCAGGGCGCAUGGGCGGAGGAUUUCGUGCCGCCCGGGUGGGGGGACGGGUGGUGCGGGGAAGGCUCUGGCGCGUGGGAUGGAGCCCUGGAUGCGGGAGGGCGCGGGGAAGGACGUGUGGAAGGGCGCGGGGAUAUGCGUGGGGAGUUUUCUGGUAGGCGCACGCUCGAGUCAGGUCCGGAUCAGAGUGCUUGGCGGGGAGGGCGGGAGGGUUAUUUGGCUGCGGAGGGGUCUGGUGAGGGCUGGUCGCGGCUCAGGAGGGGCGAGAUGGAGCUGGAAGGGAGAGAGAUGCGGGAAGGACGAGAUUAUAACGGGUAUGAAGAGAGGGAGGGUGUAGAGGGAGAACGAAGCAGGGUAUGGCGGAGGAGGGGGGUGGAGGGGGAGAGAGAGGAGGGGGAGAAGGGUGAGGUGCGUGACAGUAGCGAAGGGAUGGAUGAAGGGGAAGUGAGAGCGGAUGAGAGGGAGGAGGGGGAGGAUGUGGAGGAGGGAUGCAUAGAGGAACGGGAGAGACCUAUGUCUGUGUCGCCUAGGAAACGGGAUUCGAAAAGUCCCAUAGGUGGUGCACUUGGUUUGAGUGAGCGUGGUAGCGAGGUGAAGAGGGAGAGAGAAAAGAGUAGAGGAAAGGCGAGGGAGAGUGAGAGGAGGACUAAAGAGAAGGACAAAGAGAAGGAGAGGGAGAGGGAGAAGGAGAAGGAGAGAGAGAGGGUGAAGGAGAAAGAGAGAGCCAAGGAGCGUGAGAAGGCGAAAGAGCGUGAGAAGGAGGGCGGAAAAGGCAAAGCGAGAGAAGGCAGUGUGAGAGAAUCUAGUAAAGCGAGAGCCGGAUCGGAUGGAGAGAAGAGGGGGCGGGCAGAGACAAGCAGCAAGGCAGAUGCCGAAAGACCCGUGCAAGUGAAAUCGAAGGGACCGAAGGAAGGGGCAGAAGGACCAGCGAGGGCGGAUGGGGCAGUGACGGAACCUGCAGUAACAGCUUCUGCUGACACACUUGAGCAUGGAGCGUUGUUGAAGCAGAACGUGGGUGAGCGGGAGGCAGGCAGUGUGAAGGCGGUUAAGGCAGGUUCCUCUGGUGUAGGCAGCUCUAGCUCUAAACCUGGCCCUGACCCCGAAGCUAGGUUGCAGAGUCGUGAGAGACACGCGGGGGCUAGUAAGCUAAACGAGCGGACGCAGAAGGGGAUCUCGGCUUCUGAGUCACUGGUUGCCCCCAGCGAGCUCAGAGGCGAUUCUCCUAGGAAGAAAGGCCCCAAGGCUGACAGUGCAACAGCUAGAGGAGAGGUUGUUAGGGAGAAGGUUGCUAGUGAGGAUGUCUGUAGAGAGAAGGUUGCUAGUGAGCCAGUGACAGCAGAGGCAUCAAAGCUACCUGUAAGAUCACCAGUUGAUGGUUCAGCUCAGCCGUCUCUCAGGCUUGACUCGGCUAGCGGUGCUUCCAAGCCUGCUUCCGAGCCUGUUCCCGAGCCUGCUGCCGAGCCUGCUCCCCUGCCUGCUACAGAACCCCCUGCCAUGCCAGCUGCCACAGUUUGCGAACCUGGCAGUGCCUUUGAGCUUGCCACCGUUCCCGCGGCCUCAGUUUCCAAACCUGAUGGCGGGCCUCCCGAGCCUGAUGCCGCCGAGCCUUCGCUUGAGGUUGGGGCUCCGUCGCAGUUCUGGCCUUCGUUCUCCCGGCCGUUCGGAGGGUUUGGAGAAGUGGGCGGGACGGAUGGGCCGUGGUGGCCUCCCAAUGCUGGCAGGGAGCAGGGCGACCCUGCUGCUGGUAGAGAGCAGGGGGAGGGUAAUGCCAUUACAGACGGGGGAGAGGGUAUUUCUGGUGGAGAACAGGGAGAGGGUAAUGUGGCUGGAGGAGGGAGAGAGGGUGAUGGCGCUGGUAGAGAUCUGGGCGAGCCUGCUGCUGCUAAAGAAGGGCGGAAGAGUAUCGCUGCUCGAGCGGAAGAGGAUGAAGGAGGGCCUAUUGCUGGAAGAGAACGGGGAGAGGGGAGCAUGGGUGGGGGCCAGGGGGGCCAGGGGGGCCAGGGGGGCCAGCGGAGUGAGGGGGACCAAGUGGAGAGUGAGCAGGCUGCAACGGGCAUUGUGGCACAAGCAGAGGAGGGCAUAACAGGGGUGAAGGAGAGAAGGGCACAGGGUGACACGUGUAGAGCUCUGAUUGGAGAUGAUUGUCGGGGGCAAGCUGCCCAACCGGAGGUGAUAGGUGCAGGGGUGGAGGAGGAGCAGCCUCGGGUUUGCGGGGCUGCUACUGCUGCCACUACGGCUGCCACGACUGCCGCCAUUGCUACUGCGACUGAAACUGCUACUGCUGCUGAAGCUGCAAGUGGAGGCAAGAAGGAAUGUAGGGAGGACCAGAAGCGUGGUGUUGAGGGCCCAGAUGCUGCUGCUGUUGCUGCCGCUGCUAAGGGUGCCACCACUGCUGCUAAUGGUGCUGCUGAGGUGGCAGGCGCUGGGGUGACAGUUGCUGUGGUGGCAGAUGCUGAAGUGGCAGGCGAUGAGGUGGCCUCGGCUGAGGCAACGACGGCCGAGGCAACGACUGCUGAGGUGGCAGGCGGGGGAGGGCAGAGUGUGGAUGAGAGGGUGGAGUGGUUGAUGCGGGGCGUGGUGCUGUUGCUGAGUGCAGCAGCGACUCGGGUUGAGGAGCAGCUGGAGAAGGAGCUGGGGAUUCUGCCUGAGACCGGCGCCCCACUUGCGAUUGCUGGUAUUUCCACUCAAGCGUAUGGCGAGCUUCCCAGUCCCGCAGCAGCAGCAGCAGCAGCAGGCAAUAAGGCAGAACUAUGGGCAUUGGAAGGGGCCGCUGCAGCUGCAGUGGCUGUAGGGGGAGAUGCUAACAGGGCAGGUGUAGAUGACCAGACUCCUGCUGCUGCUGAAGCAACUGGUAAGAUUGAUGCUGCUGCUGGCACUGCUGCUGCUGCUGCUGCUGCUGCUGCUGCUGCUGCUGCUGUUGGUGUCACUACAGGCGAUGCUGCUGCUGAUGUGACUCCUGCUGCAGAUGGUUCUGCUAGAGCAUCACUGAGGGAUGUAGCUGCUACAGGGAGUGGGUUAAGCAACAGAUGUGAGAUGGAGAAGGAGAGGGCAGGUGCUAUUGGUACGGCUGACACAGCAGCAGGUCUGCCAGCAGCAGCAGCAGCAGCAGGGGGGGAGCGAGCAGCUGCUCUAGGAUUUGCGGAUGUUCCUCCGGACUCGUCUCUAGGUGCUGCUGCUGCUUUUCCUGCUGCUGCUGGAGUUGCUGGCCCUGUGCUUGCUGCUGCUGCGGCUGCUACGGCUGCUGCGGCUACAACGGUGGCUGCUGAAGCUGGUGCUGGCGUUGAUGCUUUGGGGGCUGUAGCUCUUGAUAGGUCAGCGGAGGAACAGAGGUGGACUGCCUCGUGGCUCAAAGGAUGCGACUGGGUCCGAUUUUCUGAUAGCCAGACGCUUGGUAAGCAAAUAGAUGGUACGAGGAAGCUUCCAGUAGGGUUAGGGUUAGGGUUAGGGUUAGGGUUAGGGUUAGGGGUAGGGUUUGGACACAGGGGUUUGCAGGGGCUUUGCUUGGGUGAGUGGCCGAGGGAGAAAGCCCGUGAUCCUAGAAUUCAUUCGAGUCAGGGUGAUCCUAACGAGAGCUUUAGUACUAUGACUGUACCAGCUUGGGCUUAUAGUGAGGCUGUGGCAGCAGCUGGCAGGGAAGGGCCUGGGCCUGGACUGAUUGGAGGGAUAGGGUUUGGAGCAGUGCAGGGAAGAACGCAGGGGAUGCAGCAGCAGCAGCAGCAGCAGCAGCAACAGCAACAGCAACAGCAGGAAGAGGAAGGGUUGAAGGCAGUAAAAGCAGCUUCGUCGAUGGAUUCAGGGUUUAAGUCCCCGUCUUGUAGUCCUUUGUCUCAGGCGUCCACUAGGCGAGGCUCGUCCGUCUCUCUGCAAGCACUGGGCUCCUCCGUUUCGCUGCAGGGGGGUAGGGAGCCUAGUGAACCAGGGAGUGAUUUGGUGGCUGCAGCAGCGGCACUGGUGCAGCGCAAUGCGCUCCUAGUGCAGCAGUUUGGCUUGGCCAUACUGGGAGAAGGAGAGGUUGAAACCGGACCUGAGAACGAGCCUGAUGCCGAACCUGAGGCUGAAGGUUUUGUUAGGCUCGAACCUAGGGUCGUGCCUGGAGCUUCCAUUUUGGUUGGAGGUUCAGUACCGGAUUUAGCUCCUGCGGGUGAGAACGUUGAGGAGAAGGCAGAGAGGGGAGGUCAGGGAAUGGUCGCUGCAGCUGUUGGGGCUAGUGCGGUGGAGAGCGGUGAACUGGGACAAGGAAAGGCGCCAGAAGUGGGGGCCAAAACAGGGGCUGUUGCUGGCGUCAUACCAGAAAGAAUUGGGGGAGGAGGAGAUGCGCAUGGAGAGGCGUAUGGCGUGCACAAACGGGAAGAGGAGGGCGGAGCAAGGGUGGGUAAAGGCGGUGUUGACUUUGGUCACAUUUUCAACCUGUUAACGGCCCAGUUGGAGAAGCAAAUGUACACUGUACAGGAUGAUUCGUUAUACGAAAGGGGGUCAGGACAGGAAGGAACGUGCCUGGAGGAAGGUGGGGGGCAGGGUGGGGAGGGAAGAAGGGGCAGCUCUGUUGUGGCACUGGGGUUUGUUCCUUUCGCCCUGAGCGUUUCGCCCUUGGCUGAGGGGAGUGGAGAAGAGGAGAAGGAGAGUAUGGGCGAGAGUAGUGACGGUGAGUCCAUCCGGUCUGACCAGGCUGCUUCGAGGAUGGUUGAGGAGAAUGUAGGAGAUGCUAGAGGGGGCAAGGAGGCCCAAGCAGAGUCAAGACAGGGAGAGGCGCGGGUUGAGAUGCAGGUUGGUGGAGUUGAUAGUAAAGCGCAUCUUGACAGGACGGCUGGUGGGUAUGAGCUUGGUGGUGGUGGGCAUGAGCUUGGUGGUGGUGGGUAUGAGCUUGGUGCUGGUGGCCCUGACAUAGAGGCGCGGAAUCCUAUGGAGAUUGAUAGUGAAGCGGUGAGAGAACCUGAGUCUAGGAAAGAGCCUGCCAGAGCCAGUGGUGUCAGGAGCAGGGAGGGUGGCGAAGGGGAGAGGCAGGUGCGUGGGGGACUGGAGGAUGGAAUGGUGCUUGCUGAAAGGGAUGCUGGGGCGGUGCUUGGGGUAGGGGAACAUGGCGAGGAGAGGGAUGCUGGUGGAGAUGGGAUACAGGAGGACGGCACGCGUAAGGAGGAGGAAGGGCAGGGGAAGGACGGGGCAGAGAAGAAGAGAGGGGAGGAAGGAAUGGGGGUUGAAGGACCAGGGGAGGAGGAGAUCGCUGGUGGAGUGAAGGAGGGAGUGGGGGAGAUACAAGCAAGAGAGGAGAGCGAGGGGAAAUGGGCAGGUGGGGGAUCAGUAGAUCGUCAGGCCUCUGGUCGAUCGGUUGAAGGGCAGCUGACAGCUGCUGCACUUCCAGGUGUUGCACUGACAGCUGCUGCGCUUCCAGGUGUUGCGCUGACAGCUGCUGCGCUUCCAGGUGUUGCGCUGACAGCUGCUGCGCUUCCAGGUGUUGCGCUGACAGCUGCUGCGCUUCCAGGUGUUGCGCUGACAGCUGCUGCGCUUCCAGGUGUUGCACUGACAGCUGCUGCGCUUACCGCGCUGCCAGCAGCGGAUUCACUGCAUGCUCCGGCUGAUGCUGACAUAUCUGCUCCUGUUGAGCCUCGCCCCAAAGAGAGCAGUGAAGAUCGUUCGGCUCAGAUUGCAUUGCAGCAAGAAAAGGGAGUUGAGGUUGCUGCUGCUGCUGCUGCAGGGGCAGCAGCAUGUGUGGAAAUAGCCUUUCCUGAAGCUGUAGCGGCUGAGGCUGUAGCGGCUGAGGCUGUAGCGGCUGAGGCUGUAGCAGCUGAAGAUGUAGCUGCAAAGGCUGCAUGUGCUGAAGCUAUAUCUGCUGAGCCUGUAGCUGAUGAUGCUGUGAGUGGUCCGGCAGAGGGAACCGCAGAGGCUGGUGGAAAUCAGCAGCAGGAAGGAGAUGUGCCUGGGAGCGGGGAUGUCAUGGCGGCGGGGAUCAGGGAUCAGCUAAUAGCGGGUACAGAAGCUGGAAAGGAGGAGAAGGAGGCACGUUUGGAGUGUGCUGUCUCUCCUUCCCAUGUGCCGCAGCAGCUGCAGCAGCGGAAACAGGAGGAACAGGAGGAGGAAACAGGGGACGGGAAGGAGAAGCAGCGGCAGCAGCAGCAGCAGCGGUGGUUGCAGGUCCCGCCCAAUCUGUUUUGGAAUCGCAAUGCAGCCAAGGCAGGCCCUGUACUAAGAUCCUUAUUCCCGGGCAUAUUCACCACCGACGGGCACCUGCCAAGGCAGCAUUUCCUCAAGGGGACGUGGUACUACCGGGAUGGCAUGGGCAAGGAGCAGGGGGGGGUGUCUUUCACCCGCCUGCAGUGGAUGGUCAGCGCAGGGCUACUGGUGGAAGGCACGAGUGUGUGCCGGAAAGAGGAUAAUCUUUGGCUUCCUGUAGUCAGGCUCGCUCUGCUCACCCCCUACUUGCAUCAGCUGGGGGAUCCGGAGUUUGUGUUCGCACUAGGGCUGAGAUUAGGGUUAGGAUUAGGGCUGGGUGUGGCCCCGCCGGUUCCUAUGGCGCGGGACGGAUACCCUCUGGUGGUUCCGGGCUUGGAGGGAAAGGAGGAGGGGGUUGUACUGCGAGGGCCGAUGUUUGCUGCUGCUGGGGGGCGGGAAGGGGUGGUGGAGGAGGAGGAUUGGGACCCCAGGUUGGAGCAAUGGGUAAAGGCGGAAGGAGAGACUCAAGGGCGGAUUUUGGGGCAGAAGGAGAGAAGGAAGGGGAUAGAGAUUGAGUUGGGUUGGGAGGGCAACCUCGAGGCAGGCGGCAGUAGGGAGAUGGUUUUAGUGGGGAGUGCAGGAGGGGAGGUGAGAGUGGGCGAUGGGGGUUUGGGCGAUGGGCUUGCGAUUUUGGUGCAGGCUGGUUUGCAGUCUGCUGCGUUAAGGGCCACACCAGAACCAGAUGUUCUACCUCCUGGGAGUGAUUCAACCAAGGUAGGUGUGAGCCCACUUGAACCCCAUUUGGCUGCGGGAGAGGCAGAGGAACUGGGGGAGGGGCGGAGAGAGGAUGCUGCCAAUGGUGGGUCAGCGGAUCCUCAGGGAGUGGCUGCACCGACCAUGGAGGGCAAAAUGGGGGCGGAACCUGGUAAGCUGGAGAUGGCUGGGCUUCGUGUGGGGGUCGCAGGGGUAACGCAAGCUGUUGGGCUGCAAGGGACAGAGGAGGCCGAGGCGGAGGAGGAUACAGAUGCCGUGGGAGAGGUGCCUGGGGGAGGGGCGCUUGAAGGGAGGGGUUUUGCUGCCAGGGCUUUUGCAGCAGCAGUGGCGCCAGCAGUGGCCGCAGCAGCAGUGUCUACCCCUGGCGCUCUAGCCACUGCUGCGGCUGCCCCUGGCAGAGCCAUGCAGGUGGGAGAUGCAGCAGCAGCAGGGGCAUUCUCAGGGUGUUUGGCAGAUGCGGGGCAGGAGAAGGACUUUGUGGAAAUGCCUUUCAGCCGCUACUCCCGCCGCAGAACUCUGGGCUUCAAUGCCCAUGUCCAUGCGACUGCCUCUCAUGUGAUCUCCAUGGCCUCGGUUUCUGCACCCGCAACUGGGCUUGACGCCUCUUGGCCGUUUGGUGCGGCUGGUGACAAGUUCUCAGGUGCUGGUGCCACUGCUCCCUCGGGUACUGUUUCGGCAGUGGAGGGGGGCGUAGGGGCUGGUGCCAAGGCGGAGGAGGGGGAGGAUGUGACUGAAAAGGAAGUGAUUACGCUCCUCUCCUCAGGCCUCGUUAGUGCAGAGCAGGCUGUAGCCCCCUUAGUGGGAAUCCUGCUGCUGCUGGUAGUGACCAGCAGCCUACAGAUGGUAGUAUAGGUGGGGAGCUGUGCCUGGGCUAUAGCAGCGUGGGGGGGCAGUGUGGGGAAGGUAAGGGUACCAGUUCCCAUGAGGGUUUAGGGGGCCACUCUAUCCACCCUUGCCAUCAACU